AUGUCCGCCCAAGAUAAGGCUCAGCAAUACCUUGGUCAGCUCGACCGCGAGCUCUCCAAGUACCCCGCCCUCAACAACCUCGAGAAGCAGGCUGGUGUUCCCAAGGCCUAUGCCGCCAUCGGUCUCGGCGCUCUCUACUUCUUCCUCAUCAUUUUCAACCUUGGAGGCCAGCUUCUGACCAACCUGGCUGGUUUCGUCAUCCCUGGCUACUACUCUCUUGGUGCUCUCUUCACCCACAACAAGGAGGAUGAUACUCAGUGGCUGACUUAUUGGGUCGUCUUCUCUCUUUUCACCGUGAUUGAGAGCUUCGUCCAGGUCGUCUACUGGUUCCCCUUCUACUUCGUCUUCAAGUUUAUCUUCCUCCUCUGGCUCUCUCUCCCUGCCUUCCGGGGUGCUGAGCUCAUCUUCCGAUCUUUCCUGGUCCCUACCCUCGGCCGAUACUUCCAGCAGACCGGCUCUACUGCCUCUGGCCUCCGUGCCAAGGCUGACGGCCUCGACAAGACCGAGUAA